AUGCAGCUCCCCAUUCUCGCCCUCGGCCUCGUCGCCGCUGUCUACGCCACUGAGGAGGCCGUAGCCGCCGACUUCCCCGUCAUCGACGGCGAGUACGGCUUCGCCCACCCCAAGCACUCGGUCCCCAUUGACGACUGCGACGAGGUCGACCACGACGACUGGCACUUCCGCCCCUGCAAGAAGGACCACGGCCACAAGCCCAAGCCCUUCCCUCCCCAGAAGUGGACCACCAGCACCGACACCAUCACCAAGACCAAGACCGUCAUCGAGUGCGAGGACGACGUCAAGGAGUGCCCCGAGCACCCCAAGACCAAGUACACCACCACCACCGUCGAGGUCACCACCACUGUCUGCCCCGUCCCCGACACCGACGCUCCCGAGCCUACCCCCACCGCCCCCGCUGAGGAGGAGGAUGACGAUGCCGAGGAGGGCGAGAAGCCCCCGCGCCUCCCGCUCCCCGUUGUCAUCUCUGGCGCCAACAAGGCUGCCGGCGGUUUCUUCGGUGCCGUCGUCGCUCUCGUCGCCGCCCUCAUCUAA